AUGGCCUCGGACCCCGGACCCUCUGCGAAGGCCACCUGGACGGUGUCCGAUCUCUUACGCUUCUCCCCGCCGCCGUGCUCUCCGGCCCCGCCUCCUCGCCGCCCCGCCUGGCACCGCUACCGCCUCUCGGAGAGCAUGAAAGGGCUGCUGGUGGCCCUGUUGGGGGGCGGCGUGCCCGCCGGCUUCGUGGCACCCUUCACCCGCAUCGUCAACGAGGCCUCGGGGAUGCCGUCCCUGGAAAUCUUGUUCUUCCGCUGCUGCCUCCACCUGCUCUUUGCCGGCUACCUGCGCUUCCGGAAAGUACCGUGCUUCGGGCCGCCAGAGGUCCGCCAGCGCACCUUGCUCCACGCGGCGGUCAACGUCAUCUCCAUCGGCUGCGCCUACAGUUCCUUCAUGAUGGUGCCCAGCGGCAACGCCGCCACCGUGCGCAAGGGUUCCUCCACCAUCUCCUCCGUCCUGCUGGCCUUCUGUAUCGAGAACACGCGGCUGACCGGCUACGACUGGUUCGGGCUGGUGGGCAGCACGCUGGGCUUGCUCAUCAUGGUAGUGCCGGACCUGUUGAGCUUGGACAAAAGCACCCAGAUUUACGACACAUUCGGCUACGUCUUGGCCUGCUCGGGAGGCGUGGCCUUGGCCUUGGGGCUGGUCAUCUUCCGGACGCUGGACUUCCCGGCUAAGCUGAUGACCGUGGCGUUCCUCUUCGGCGUGGUGGGGAGCCUGGUCUGCUGCCCGAUGAUGUCCCUCCUGCAGGAUCCGGUGAUGACGCUGGACCUCUACACCUGGCUGUACGUGGUCUCCAUCUGCAUCCUGGCCUUGUUCUCCUUCCUGUGCGCCAGCUACGCUGUGACCAAGGCCCACCCGGCGCUGGUGUGCGCCGUCCUGCACUCCGAGGUGGUGGUCACCCUGGCGGUCCAGUACUACGUCCUGCGGGAGGCCGUCACCCCCUUCGACAUCAUGGGGGCCGGGGUCAUCUUGGGCAGCAUCGCCAUCAUCACCGCCCAGAACAUCAGCUGCCACCCGGCCGACGAAGAGGAGGGACCCGUCGCACAGCAGAGAGGGGCCAAGUACGCCAAGGAGCCCGUGGGACGCAGCGGGGGGCACCCGGCAGAUUGUUCAGCAGGGGGAGAUCCAGUAGAUUAA